AUGCCCAAGCGGGGCUGCCCCUUCAGGGACGCGGCCCCGCUACAGCUCAAGAUCCGCGUGGGUCCGAAGGAGCUGAGCCGCGGCGUGUGCGGCGAGCGCCACUCCCGGGAGGUCUUCGAGAGAACCAGGCAGCUUCUGUUCCGUGGGGCCCAGGCCUACAUGGACCAUACGUGGGAAGAAGGCGCACCAGAGACCUGCACCCUUGUCCACCUGCCGGAGUCCCCAAAGCCCAGCCCCACAGGCGUGCCAGGGGCCACCCGCGGGCAGAUGUUCAUCGGGCCAGGUGGCUGCCUACUGAGGAGCCGUGCCCAGGCCUCGGGGGCUGACCUGUCAGAGGCGGCAUCCAGGGCCUGCUCCUCGUGUGUGCGUAGCGUGGACGGGAAGGCUGUCUGUAGCCAGUGUGAGCGGCCACUCUGCGGGCGGUGCCUGCGUACCUGCUGGGGCUGUGGCGCCGUGGCCUGCGCCCUGUGCUCCUCUGUCGACUACAGCGACCCUCAUGAGAAGGUGCUCUGUACCAGCUGUGCUAUGUUUGAAGCCUGA